UUGAGCAGCUAGAAGAUGUUUGUGCCCGACACAAAACAUUUGAACAGUACUAGUCUGCGUGUAGCUAAAGUUUCAGCAUUGAAAGACCAGGGCAACAAGGCACUGAGUGCAGGAAAUAUUGAUGAGGCUGUACGCUGCUACACCGAAGCCGUGGCCCUUGACCCUUCAAACCAUGUCCUGUUCAGUAACCGCUCCGCUGCCUACGCCAAAAAAGGCAACUACGAGAAGGCUCUCCAGGAUGCCUGUCAGACCAUCAAGAUCAAGCCUGACUGGGGAAAGGGCUACUCCCGCAAAGCUGCAGCACUGGAGUUUCUUGGCCGAUUGGAGGAUGCUAAAGCAACUUACCACGAAGGAAUCCGGCAAGAGCCAAACAAUCAGCAGCUAAAGGAGGGUUUACAGAACAUUGAAGCCCGGCUCGCAGAGAAAUCAAUGAUGAACCCCUUCGCCAUGCCCAACCUGUAUCAGAAGCUGGAGAACGAUUCUCGGACCCGUGAGCUAUUGUCAGAUCCGAGCUACAGAGAACUGCUGGAGCAGCUCAGGAACAAACCAUCAGAGCUCGGCACGAAGCUGCAGGAUCCCAGAGUGAUGACCACACUCUCUGUGCUGCUGGGACUGAAUCUCUCUGAGAUGGAAGAAGAAGAAGAGCCGACUCCCCCUCCUCCUCCCAAACCAAAAGAGACUCAGCCACCUCCUCCCAAAGAGGAAGACCUUCCUGAAAACAAGAGAAAGGCCUUGAAGGAGAAGGAACUUGGGAAUGCCGCAUACAAGAAUAAGGACUUUGAAACGGCACUGAAGCACUACGAAGAAGCAGUCAAACAUGAUCCCACCAACAUGACAUAUAUAUCUAAUCAAGCAGCCGUGUUCUUUGAGAAGGGAGACUUCGAGAAGUGCCGAGAGCUGUGUGAGAAGGCCAUUGAUGUUGGCAGAGAGAACCGGGAAGACUACAGACAAAUUGCAAAGGCCUUGGCGAGGAUUGGCAACUCAUACUUCAAGCAGGAUAAGUACAAAGAAGCAGUUCAGUAUUUCAACAAGAGUCUGACAGAGCAUCGCACCCCUGACGUCUUGAAGAAGUGUCAACAGGCAGAGAAGAUAUUGAAGGAGCAGGAGAAACAAGCCUACAUCAACCCAGAAUUAGCCCUGGAAGAGAAGACCAAGGGCAACGACGCCUUCCAGAAAGGAGACUACCCCGUAGCCAUGAAACAUUACUCUGAAGCCAUCAAGAGAAACCCCGAUGAUGCCAAACUCUUCAGUAACAGGGCCGCCUGCUACACAAAACUCUUGGAGUUUCCGCUUGCCCUGAAGGAUUGUGAGGAGUGCAUCAAACUUGAGCCCAGCUUCAUUAAAGGCUACACACGUAAAGGAGCUGCUUUGGAGGCCAUGAAAGAUUAUUCAAAAGCUAUGGAUGCAUAUCAGAAGGCCCUGGAGCUCGACUCUUCCUCAAAGGAAGCCACAGAAGGCAUGCAGCGCUGCAUGGUCAGUCAGACCAUGAGGAACGACAGUCCUGAGGAAGUGAAGAAAAGGGCCAUGGCUGAUCCCGAGGUGCAGCAGAUUAUGAGUGACCCGGCCAUGCGCAUGAUUCUCGAGCAAAUGCAGAAGGACCCUCAGGCGCUCAGCGACCACCUAAAGAAUCCAGUUAUCGCUCAGAAGAUUCAGAAACUCAUUGAUGUCGGACUGAUAGCCAUUCGCUGAUGACAACUAAGGAAACCCCCGAGACUACAAGUGGAACAAUGUGCAAAUCCUUCCAAAUUAUUACAUCUUCUUUUCUUGCCUUCAAAUUCAAAAUUAUAUUGUCUUUAGUCUCACUGAGGCUUUGUGUGUAUGUUAUGUUUUUUUAAAAAAGAAAUCAGUUUCACAACUUUUACAUUAUAUUUAAGAAAGCAUCUCGUGUGUCAUCAAAACUUCAGGACUCCAGAAAAACAUCAUCUGGUAUUAAAAAAAAAAGAAAAGAAAAAAGGAUUGUGUGUACAGAUGCUUCAGUACGUCUUGAAAUAAAACAGCACAAUUCAGUGCACCAGCACGCUCAGUGUUUUAAAGGGGAAAUCCACCCUAAAGCAAUUCACAUAUUCCUAUGGCUUCACGGUUUAAGGAUAUUAAAACAGUGGAACAAAAUUUUCACUCCCAAAUCAAGACUCUACGUCGCUCUCAACACGUCCACUUUAAGGCUUGAUUAAACAUGGUGCUUUAAAGUUGAACUGUCAAGUUUGUUUCUGUCAGUGCUUCCUGUGCUUUGGUUAUGUCCCCACACCUCAGGUGAAAAGCUGAAUCUAUCCUACCUAUCUACGACGAGCCGUUCACAUGAGGGUUGUGAAUGUUGGAAGCAUGUUUGGUAUUCUUUUUUUAUACUUAUCCAAAUAUAUUUGAAAUUAGUUUUUAAAGCCCUGCUGUCUCUGGCUUUACUGGUUGAUUUAUUAUUUGUUCCUCGAUUGUGCUGGAUAGAGGGCGGAUCUUGAUGAAUUGUAAAUGGGACUUCCCCUUUAAGAGUUCAAGGGAUAUUUUGCUCGUUUAACGUUUCAUUAAACAAGUUCAUGCAGCAGUUCAGGUUGUCAUGUUAUCGCCUCUGUUAGUCAAAGCUUAAAAAGUUUGAGGUGUGCCGGUCGAUCUAUCAAGCAAUAUCAGUAAAAGUCAUUUAAAAAACGCUGUGGGACACGCACUGCUCUAUGAGCAAGAGCAUAAGGAGUUGACUCCAGGCUUAAAGUGUGUGCAGGCAACACCAGGCGUGUCGAUAAUUCAUGUCAAUGUAGAUACAUUAGGCUGGCCUCAAAUCUUGGGCUGCUUGCCGGGCUUAAAUAUUUCACGAUAAUGGGAAUACUGUGAUAAAUAAAGGGUGGAUUUACCUCUCUGUGCUAGCAACUAUUGGUUGAGUAAUGGGGGUCACAAUUAUGUCACACACUUCAUGAUGCAUCUUUAAUGUUUGUCAGCUUGUCUUAGCGCACUGAAGCCUCGGUGCUUACAUGUCACCACUUCUUAAAUGUACUGGUACUUCUCCCUGCAAGGCAAUUUUUUUAUUUUUGGUAAACUGUGCCAACCUCCCACAGCGGCAGACUGCUGCUCGACAUCUGUUUUCACAGAGGAAAUGCAUACGAGUGUUGAUAUUGCUAUUGACCAUUAUGCCACACGUGGCUUCAGAUACCUCAAAGUCACCACAUUGUCCAAGUAUCUCUGUGCUUUGGGUUUUUCUGGCUCUUUUUUUACGUUUCCACGGCAAGCUCUGGAAUUCUCUAUAACUUGUGGCACAACGCAGCAGAAAUUUGGGGGUGUGUGUGGGCGUUUUUACCAUCAAAGUCCAGUUGUAAUCAUAAACUACAGGCAACAAAUGAACUCUCUCAUGAUGUAAAAGGAAACUGUCCCAAGAAGUGUAAUGUACUAAUGGAAAUCAGUUGUACUGCGAAAUACACAGUAUCUGAAUGUA